GAGGAUAUGGAGAUGCAAGUUUCCAAAACUGAUGGAGAUGAUUCAGGACGAAAGAGAACAAAAAUAGAAAGAAUUCUUAAACCAGAGGAGCCACUGCCUCAUUGGUGGAAUAUGAUGUUUGCAGUGUCGUGUGUGAUUGCAGUAUCAAUGGACCCUUUGUUCUUUUACAUUCCUAUCAUCAAUGGAGAUAACAAGUGCCUGUCGACAGAUAGAAGAUUAAAGAUCACAGCUUAUACUUUACGAUUUGUCACGGAUUUCAUUUAUGUUUUGAAUAUAAUUUUGCAAUCUAUUUGUCCUUACAUCGACGAGGACUCUCGUAAGCUUGGACGAAUUGUGGUGGUUAGAGAUCGUUGGCAAAUAGCACACCGCUACUUCUUCUCGCGGCUCUUCGUAAUUGACGUUCUCGCUAUUCUUCCACUCCCACAGGUUAUAUUUCCAAUUAUUUUUUCAGAAAUGAGAGAGUCGAAAUUUUUGGUCAAAAGGAAGUUGCUGAACGCUGUUGUUUUCUUCCAAUAUGUACCAAGAGUUAUCCGAAUCUACAUAUCAUGGGUGAAUCUCAGCAGGACUGCCAGCAAACUUGCUAGAAUUGUAUGGGUUAAAGCUGCAUUCAAUUUCUUUCUCUAUAUCCUUUCCAGUCAUGUAUUGGGUGCCUUUUGGUACUUAUUUUCAAUCCAACGAGAGACAGCUUGUUGGCACACCGCCUGUGAAAAGCAUGCUGAAUGUACUUCAAUUUCUUUUAACUGCAAACACCAUUUCAGUGAUCGCAAAUUUUUAAAGAAUUGGUGCUCUAUAGAAACACCAAACACAAUCGGCUUGGAUUUAGGAACAUCAAACACAACGGGCUUUGAUUUAGGAACAUCAAACACAACGAGCUUUGAUUUUGGAAUAUUCCUUGUAGCCCUUCAAUCUCGUAAUUUGGAAUCUAAAGAUUUUCCACGAAAGCUCUCGUACUGUUUCUGGUGGGGCCUGCGAAAUUUGAGUUCUUUUUGGUCAAAAUCUUCAAACAAGUU